AUGAAUUUUUAUAAAUCAGCUGCUCUGGCUCUCGAUCACUUGGACAAAAAUCAAGGUUCCGUCAAAGGGUCUUUAGCUGCUUCAGGUAUAAAAUCUACUCCUGGAGAAGGUAAACGGAUCUUGGCUUUGGUGAUUGAGACAUUGAAAUACAAACCUGUACUUCUUCAACUUCUCACUACGGUACCCCUACUUUCCCUUGAAAAACUUACGUUUCCUCGAAAAGUACCUAGAUCAGCACCUUCAUCUCAAUCGCUUCUUCUAGUCCUCUUACACGAUCUGUUAUUCUCCACUAAAAACAAGAUCGAAGCAUCAGAUCUAUGGCCACCCAAGCCAGCUGUAUUGAAACAUCAAGCGAGAUUGAAAGCUGAAUUAGUCAAGAUACAAAUCAAACUUGGCAAAUCACGAAAAGAAGAUCUCGCAAGAUCCAAUAAUCCUUCUGGAGAUAGUCCGAUCGAAAUUAUAAGAUAUAUAAGAUAUAAUCCUAACUCUGGAAAGAAAUUGAAAGAUCUAUUUCAACAUUUACACAAGUUAGGAUACGAAAAAUUAGAUCAACCUAUAUAUCCAAUUCCACCGAAGAAUUACUUCUUGGAUAUACAUUUGAAGGAUGUGUUAUUGACGUUUCAAGGAAAUACGAAUUGGUGGUUAAAAGAUGAAUGGUAUGAAAAAGGUGGAAUCAUCUUACAAGAUAAAGCAAGUUGUAUGCCCGCUAAAGUGUUGAUGGAAGGGUGGGAAGCGAAUGAAGGCGAAUGUAUCGAUGCUACCGCUGCUCCAGGUAACAAAACGAGUUACGUAUCAGCCAUGAUGUCAAAUCGAGGAAAGUUACACGCUUUUGAACGGUCGCCCAACCGAUAUAACACCUUGAUUCGGAUGCUCGAGAAAGCUCAUUGUAGAAAUGUCAAAGCUCAAAGAGCCGAUUUCUUGGAGUCUGAUCCCAACAACGAGGUGUAUAGUAAAGUCACCAGGAUAUUGUUAGACCCAAGUUGUUCUGGAUCUGGAAUCGUAAACCGUUUAGACUAUUUGGUUGAAAAUGAAGCCGAAGAAUCGGAUUCGAAAAGUGAACGAUUGGAGAAAUUGGCUUCUUUCCAACUGCAAAUGAUCUUACACGCUUUCAAGUUCACGUCAGUGAAAAGGAUAGUCUAUUCAACAUGCUCCAUUCAUCCCGAAGAAGAUGAAAGAGUUGUGAUGUCUGCUUUACAAUCGAAGAUCGCCAAAGAACGAGGAUGGAAAUUGGCACCUAGGGAUCAAGUUAUACCUUCAUGGGAAAGGAGAGGGAGGGAGGAAGAGAUGGGAGGUGAUAAAGACCUGGCACAAGGUGUCAUUCGUUGUUUACCAGAAGACAAGACGAAUGGGUUUUUCGUAUCAUGUUUCAUAAGAGAUCCAUCAGGUUUAUCCGUUAAAUCCAAUGCCAGUAGCAAAUCCAGUACGAUAAAGUCGAAAUCCAAUAAACGUGACAGAGACGAAACUGAAGAUGACCAAGGCGGGGAACAAGGUGAAUCGGAUUCGAUUUCAGCAUUAGAAAGCAAGGUAGAAGUUGUGAAAGGCAUAGAAGAGAUAGAGGUUGAAAUGAACAAAGAGAAGACUCAAGCUCAAUUGGAAAGGAAUAAACGGAAGAAAGCAGCUCAAAAAGAUAAAGCCAAGAAGCGGAAGGUGGAAUAG